AUUCUUCAGAAAAUUUAAAUUUCAUGCCAAUUUCAUAUUUGGCUUGUUUUUUGCCGGAGCUAAUUUUCUUAAUAAACAAUAGAUUUAUUAAUUUAUCUCUAUUGAAUCAAAUUGAUAAUAUUCGAAAAUGAGUAAAGCACAUCCACCUGAGUUGAAAAAGUAUAUGGACAAAAAAUUAUCUCUGAAGCUUAAUGGGGGAAGACAUGUUAUCGGUAUUUUGCGUGGAUUUGAUCCUUUCAUGAAUAUGGUGGUUGAUGAAACUAUUGAAGAAUGUAAAGAUGGUUCGAAAAAUAAUAUUGGAAUGGUUGUAAUUAGGGGCAAUAGUGUGAUAAUGUUAGAAGCACUGGACAGAAUAUGACCUGCAAUUAUUUUAGAUUAUGAAAUAAAAGUCAUUUAAAUUUUGAUUAUUUCAAAGCUGUAAAAUAAUAUCAUUCCGAUGAUAACGAUACAAUUUAUAUUAUUUUUAUUUAAUCUGAAGUCUUAUUUUCUGUAAGUAUAAUGUAUACAACUAAAUAAACUCAUUUCUUUUUU